AAAAUUUCCCCCCGUUUUUCCCUUUAACCCUUGCUUCCUUUUUCCUAUAAUCUAAGUGGGAGUUUAACUUCUUCACCAAACCCUUGCUCCCAACUUUCAGACCACUCCAAAAUAUCUCUUCCUAUUUCUCCCCAAAUCUCAACCCCCAAUUUUUACUUCAGUUUCGUCGUCCAAUGCUUUCGUUCCACUCAUAGCAACUCACAUUCUAUUUUGUGUGAUCGUCGGCUAGGUUGAGCAAAAUGUGGUCGCCGUCCAAGUUCAGCAAAGUGGGGUUGCCAGGCCAGGUGCGCAAGCUAACUCGCGGCCAGGUUUAAUUCUUCAACCUAUUAUUUUUCUGAACCCUCUUCUGCCCCGACAUCGAUGGUGCACUAUAAGGUAGUUCACAGAUACAAACGUGCUUAUUGAUAAGCUGGUGUUACAACUAAGCUUGGAAGACAUUGUGUUAUUACUGUGUUACUGUGUUGUUCUAUUAUUUGACUGCCAUCAAACUUUGGAAUCUCACAGUUCUCAAGCUUGCUGAAUGAUGUAGCUUGCUUGAACUCCUUGAUUGGUCCGUGGCUUGUCAAUGAGUAAAUGAGCUUGGCUGCCAUCUAAGUGUUGGCUGUCUAGUGGUAGUUUGAACUUUGAACAUGUAUGGGAGAACAGCUUGCCAACUUGUGAAAGAAUUUGCAAGCGGAGAUAAGGGCCAGCUUGUGUCAUUCAAUAGUGACUUGGUUCAACAAGUAGUUGCAGAAUGCAGUCAACAUCUCCUUGAACUGCAGUCCCUGAUAAGGAAGAUGGAGGAAGAACGUUUGGAUAUCCAAACAGUAAGAAAUGCAGAUUAUUACGGAGCUCUUAUCCAUCAUCUUACUUUAGUCCGAAAUAAACGUUGCCUAAUGGCUUAUGUGUACAAUCGAGCAGAAAUUAUACGGAACUUAUUAUGGAAGAUAGGGCAUGUGCUUCCUCAAGAAAUUGAAGCGAAGCUUUCUCAUGCGGAGGGAGAAUAUUUCAAGAAGCAUUCUGCAGCAUUGAAAUAUUAUAUGUCCAAAGUGAUGGUUGAUCUGACUGUGGAUAUGGUACCACCAAAAGAUCCUUACAUCAAAGUAAGGGUUCUUGAUGACAUUGGAGACGGCAUUCUGCUUAGUGAUGAUAAGACUGCAAAUUUUGCUUGCCAUUCAAUGCAUCUUCUGAAGCGAACUGAUGCUGAGCAAUUUAUCUCACGGGGCCAAAUGGAGGAACUAUCUGGUUGACCUUGUAGACUUUUACCAAGAGGAUAUGUAUAUGAGAAGGCCAUUCCAAAGUUGAUACGGAUUAUGUAAUAUUUUCAAAUUUUUUUAAUUUAGAUUAAGAAAAUGGAUCAAAACUUCAUUUAUUUAUGUUUUAAAAUAUAUUUCCAAAUUAAAAAAAAUG